AUGACCGUCCCCACCCCCACCACCCCCACCACCCCCACCACCCCCACCACCGCCAUCUCCCCGCCCCCCGCCCAAGACUCCCUCGAGACCUACACCUUCCCCUCCGCCCGCCUCCAGCGCACCCUCUCGGACCCCACCAAGACGCCCCUCGUGCUCGUGGCCUGCGGCUCCUUCUCGCCCAUCACCCACAUGCACCUGCGCAUGUUCGAGAUGGCCGUCGACCACGUGAAGCAGAACAUGUCCGCCACGCACGAGGUCGUCGGCGGCUACCUCUCGCCCGUCUCGGACCGCUACAACAAGGCCGGCCUCGCCAGCGCCCUGCACCGCGUCCGCAUGUGCGAGCUCGCAUGCAACGAGGCCUCCACCUGGCUCAUGGUGGACCCCUGGGAGGCCAUCCAGCCCGACUACCAGCCCACCGCCGUAGUGCUCGACCACAUCGCCUACUCCAUCAACACCCUGCUCGGCGGCAUCUCGGGCGUCCCCGCAAAGAUCAUGCUCCUCGGCGGCUCGGACCUGCUGCAGACCAUGUCGCAGCCCGGCGUGUGGUCGCCCGCAGACCUCGCCCACAUCCUCGGCGACUACGGCCUCCUGGUUAUUGAGCGCAACGGCGCCGACAUUGGCGAGGCCCUGGCGCCGCUGCAGCAGCGCUGGCAGGGAAACAUAUGGAUCGUGCGCCAGCUGAUUGCGAAUGAUAUCUCGAGUACGAGGAUCAGGCAGCUGAUAAGGCAGGGGAUGAGUGUUAGGUAUUUGUUGCCCGGAGUGGUGGUGGAUUAUAUCAGGGAGCAUAGGCUCUAUGGAGAGCAUGAGGAGUUUAGGGAGACGAGGAGUAGUAGUAUGCCGCCGCUGUGUAGGGCGGACGGGAAGUGCGCUUGUGUGCCCGGGGCGGCGGCGGCGGGCGUGGGGUUGCGGGUCCCGGGGCCGGCGCAGAUGGUGAGGUGUGUUAGUGCGCAGCGGGAGAGGGUGCCGAGUAAGAUGAGGGAGGAGAUGAGCGCCGAUGGUGAGGCGGAUGAGGGCACGCAGACGGAGGAGGAGGAUACAAGAGGCCGUAGACCGUCGUCGUGA